AUGGAGCCGACAGCCCAGGAACAGACCGAGAAAAGCUUCCACUACGUCAUCAGAGCUCCCAGCAGCGAUGGCUUUGAUGUGAUGAACGUGGAUGUGAAGAUCGACACGUGUUGGGUGUUCCGAGAUGUGGAGGAGAGUGACCAGGAGCAGGGCUGCCUUCCAGAAGCAGCCAGAAGCCCAGACUUGGACACGGGGCUGCUCAGGGAGCAGCUGGAAUCCUCGGAGCGGAAGCUGUUGGCCAUUGUGGACAAGCAUGUGAUGUCAGAGUCAGGGCUGAGGAGCAGGGUCGAGGAGCUGGAGCUGUCGGAGAGGAAACUUCUCCUCAAGGUAGAGCAGCUGAGUGCCCGUAUGGCCCAGGAAAGAAGUGCCUCACUCUACGCCCAGGAGCAGCUACAGGCACUGCAAAGGGAGCUGGUCAGCCAGGUGCGGGAGGCGAAGAGCGCGGCCAGACGGCAGCAGCGGCUGCAGGAGCGGUUGCAGCUCAAGGACGAGGCCCUGGCACGGCAGGCGGUGGCCCUGGAGCGCUGUGGGCGGGCCCAGCGGUUGCAGCUGGGCCUGGUGCGGGAGCAAGAGCGCGUUCUGCGGGCGCAGGUGCAGCGGUUGGAGCGCGACGUGUGGCGCCUGGGCCGUGCCGCGGGCCUCCUGCUGGCACAGCUGCAUGCUGCGGACCCGUUGCCCAGUGAGGGCAGCUCCCGGCCACAGAUUCCUGCCGGUUCUCUGGGAGCCUCCGAGGCCACAGAGCUGAGUGUACUGCGGGCCAGGGCGGAACGCGCGGAGAGGGAAUGGGCGGAGGCGGUGCGCAGGCUGCGGGAGUACAGCGUCACCAAGCGGCAGCUGCGGGAGCAGCUGGAGGAACUGCGCUGCUGUGUGUAUGGGCUGACGCUGUCAGAGAUUGGCCUGCACAGCCAGGUGGAAGAGCUCGCCCAGCAAAACAGGCACCUGCGGGCCCAGUUGGGGCCUAGCAGCCCGGGUGCCUCAGGCUGUUCCCAGAGUGACUCUCUGCCCCUGCCCAGGGAAGAGGUGCUGGAUCCCUGCAGCAGCCGAGGCUGCCACAGUGAUGCUUGUGGACUUCAAGCCCUCGCAGGCCAGCUCUCAGAAAAGCCCCAUAGCCAUGGUCAAGAUCAGCCGCCAGCAAGUAUCAUAGGCAAGCUCCAGGAAGACCUGCCGGUGUCUGAGCCUAGACAGCUGCAGGGUGCUCUUGUCCAGCCCCACCUAGAUGGACAGAUUCUUCGGCUGCUGUGUAGCUGCCCCCCAGAACCAGGCAUGGAUGAGCGACUCUGGCCCUUGGCAGGAGUUUCAGAGAAUCUUCAAGCCGCUGGAGCCCAGGAUUCCCUCCUACUGUUACCCACAUCCAUGUUCCCGCUCUGGGUACCUGCUGGAGAACCGCAGCCCCCACUGCCACCUCUGCUCUGGAAGCAUCUCCUACAAGAACUUCAGACCCUAGAAGAGAUGGACAGCGAGCCGUCCCCUGCCCUUGAGGUUUUGACACACCCUGACUGGCCUUGUGAUCUGGCAAGGAGCCAAGUCGCCUCCUUCAGCCAGGAGUCUCCGCUCAUUUCAAAUGGCCCAUUCUCCACAAAAGAGUCCAAGCAGCCCAGAGGCAUGUGGAAGGAGAGAAGCAGGCCUCCAGUUGCAAGUUCAGAGAAGUGGGAGGUGAUGGGAGCCUUGGGUGUGAUAAAAUCGGAGCUUGACAACAAGUCUCUGCUGGACCAGGAAACCAGUGAGAAGCUGAUCGUGGACACUGAGGGUCAAGCCCCAGAGGGCAUACAGGAAGGGAGCAGGGCUUCAGAGACCCAAGUCAUGGCCCACUGUCCUUGGCUCUGGCCGGAAUGUCAAUGUCUCCUACUGACUCUGCAUGGGACAACUUCUAAGUCACAGGAAAGUCCUGAUCCCUUGAGAAAGAGAUGGGGUGUGGAAGGAUGUGGCUGGGAACACAUGGGAAAACUGUCACCAGAGAAGGAGGAAGAGACUACCAGCUCUAGGGCCCAUGAUACGAGAGAUCCAGAGUCAAAUGGUAGCCAGCUUCCCGCAGAAAAGGGCAAAGAGGUCUGGAGGAGGACACAGGACAAGCAGGGCCACCAGCUGUGCUUUGGAGACACUCACUUCCUGCAAAGGGAGUGGUCUGGGGAAGAAGAACAAGAACAGCUCCAAGCGGCACCCAGCCCAGCUCCACUGGGUGUCUCUGAGCAGCUUGACUCCAAGUGCCAUGCAGGUCAGGAACAGAGACUACCAAUGGGUGAUCAGGAUUUGCUGGAGUUUCCCAAAUGGGCCCCAGCAGGUGGCAGCAGUGAAGGUCCUUGCCCCUCACAGACUCUGACCACAGGCCAGGGCAGGAGCACCCUCCAGCUACACACACUGGAAAGGGAGGUGGGGCCUUGCUUCCAGCAGCUGGACAACCUGAAGCUUGUCUGUGGCGAUCCCCAGCAGAUGUCAGCAUUGAUGAGAAAGAGCCAGAGUGUCGCUUAUACAGGGUUGGACACUGAGGGGGAUCUGUGCCAUCAGCAGGCCUCAGCCAGCCAGGAUCUGAACACAAAAUCCAGCAGGAAUGGUGAGGGAGUGAGGCUGGAGGAGGGUGUGGCUCUGGGCACUGGAGAAGUUCUUUCAGGACCAGCUGAUGGGGAUAAAGCCAAUCAGGGUCCUGCAGAGCUGAGUGGGAGCCCACUCCCCUCAACAUGGUGUACCCACAAGAGGGUGGGGAACAGCUUCCUUCAACUCCUUGACACCCCAAAGAAAGAGAGAAGUCAGGUUUUGCUUGAUAAUGCCAGGCUUCAGGGAGCCCAAGAAGGAUGUCACUAUGAAGGAAGCCAUUGUGAGAAAGAGCGGGCCAGAGAAGUGGCCAAGGCCCUGAGGCUGGAACAGGCUAACCUAUUGCUGCAGGGAGAGCUGGUCCACCUCAGGCGCGAACUGGACCAGUGUCUGCAGGCUGUGUCUGACCUGGAGGACUGUAACGGGAAGAGUUACUGCAAGAUUUCCCAGCUGGAAGAGGAGAAUGAGAAACUGAAGGGGGACCUGGGCCGGCUGCACAAAGCCAUGUCCGAGAGUGUCAGGAAAGCCGGAAGCAGGAUGGAGCAUGUCACCCUGGAAAACAGGGAGCUCAGGGCUCUCAUCUCAGAGCUUGGAGUCAGUUACAAAGGGCUGAUAAAGGACACAAUGCUCGGGAUAGAAGACAUGCUCUGGGCUCUGCAGGGGGAAAACCAGCACCUUGUAUGCAGGGUCCAAGGCCUGGAGCGGGAGGUCCUGCAGAUGAGCGGGGAUCCCAGGGAAGAAAAGUGGUGUCGCCAGGGAAACUUCAAGAUGGCAGGAGACAAGGGGCACAUGGAAGACAAAGAGGUCCAGGUGACUCUGUUUUCAGGACCACUGGUUACACGAGCCUGUGGGCCACCCUGGGAUGAGAAAUCAGGCGUGACAUGGGGGCAGGCAGGACCUUCCUUAGAUUUGAAAGGUUCCAAAUGCGGGGCUGUUGCUAGUUUUGCCUCAUCAGUUUGUGAAGUCACUACAGGGCCUCAGGAAGCAAACACCAACGGGGCAAAGAAAGACGGAGCUCUGCUGCAGAAAGAACAGGAGACACCAUGGUGUUCCAUGCAACAAGGACAGUCUCAGAGGUUCCUGAGCCGCAGCCUCCAGCUCCAGACCACCAAGGCUGCUGUCCCUGAGGAAGACCCAAAACUGUGCAUACAGCAGCUCCACCACCAGGUGCGGACUCUACAGUGCCAGCUCAGGGACCAGGGCUGGGCACUGCGGGAGUUGCAGGUGGCUCGGGAUGAGGCUGUGGGCCUCCAGGAUAAGCUCAAGGGCAAGCUCGAGGAGCUUCGGGCACAGCAGCAUGAAGCGCUCCUGGCCGUGAGUCCUCUGAAGGCCAAGCUGGCUUCCAUGGUUCACAAAUGCCAGGAGAGGAACCGCCUCAUUGAGCAACUGCUGCAGGAGCUGCCAAGACAAGAGCCCAAGACCCACCUGCUCUUUGAGCUGGCGCAGAACAUGCUUGAUGACGUGGCUCUGGCUGAGUAUGCUGCCACCUUCCUGACCCCGGGAGCCCUAGAGACAGUCUGCCACCUGGAUGUGGGCUCCAAGGGGAAGACAGCCAGAGGAGGAGCUCAGGAGUACCUGCUUAAUUCUGAAACUGACAGUAUCCUUCAAAGCCUGUGGGGUGUGGAGUCCUGGUCCCUUCCAGGGACUAAGUGGGCAUCUCAGACGGCUCCACCCAGUUCUCCAAAGGAAAGAAGACAGCACCAUCAGGCACAUCAUGCUGGCAAAGACGAAUGGCUGUCCCAGGUGACCAAUGGAGCAGAGGUGGCUCUGUGAUUUACAGACCUUUCAAGAGCUGAGCUACAAGCCGCGUCACCACCCUGUCCCAGUCAUCAUGAGGGGAUGUGUCUCUCUGCACGAGGCCCAUGAGAGCCUCAGAAAUCCCCGGCAUUGGCAUGGGGCAAUGGCAGGAUUCUGGAAUUUGGAGUUUCCCGGCUGGCUGUGUCACUUGCACAAAUGACUUAACUUUUUGAAUGUCUCCUUCUUAACCUGUCUGGGGAGUCUUUCUCCCAUGUAUGAUGGAUGGCAAGUCAUUCUGACACUUCAGGAUGGUGACUCUUGUGUUGGAGCAUCGUGGUGUUUGUGAACUAUCUUUGGCUCACCUCCCUGAUGUCAUUCAGGACUUGCUGUCUCGAAGCACACACCGUAUCAUUGAUGUCUCUUCUACCUGCAGUAGGUCAUGAGGCCUGCCAAGGAUGGUUAUAAAGUGACCUUGGUGAUGGUCUGGACAUCAUGGAGGUUCUACAGAGUCCCAGGUUGAAUGGAGGUCUCACCUAUACUGGGAAUUGUCUAGGGAGAGUCCCCCAGAUGUCAUCAGGUUCUCAAAGUAACAGACUCAGCAUCAAGCAGGGAUGGGAAGAGAACUCUACAAGGGAUCCAGAUACCUGCCUCUGCCCCUACCUUGCUGGUGACCCUUAGGCUAUUCCUUGGCCUCUAAGGGCUUCAGGUCCUCAUUUAUGUAGUGGAUAAACCCACAUGCUUUCAAGUUCACUGGCAGCUGCGACACCCCCCUGUCUGGCACCAUGGCUCAGUCCCUCCUGGUUAUGAGCUCUUUUGCUGGUUUCUCCUAAGGAACAGGUUCUGAUUCAUGGGAAAGGCUCCAGGUAGCCUCUCUGCUUCCAGGAAGAGGGAAGAGAACUGCUUAUCCAAACACAGGCCACUUCUAACAACUGUGUCCUCUACUUGCCCCUUAGGAAGUCACAGCAUACCAAGCAAGCAACCCAUACCAAUGCCUUGUCCCAUUUCUGUGUUGUUAUCCAGGGGCUUAGUUUCCUUGAAGGGGUGGGGUAUUUCCCUUCAAGGGUGAUGGGGCUGGCUGGUUCUGGCAGAUGGGUAUCCAACAAGACCUUUUGAGAUCUACGUACUCCCAGACGAUACAGGACCACCAAGAUUCUGCUUGGAUAAUCCUCCGGGAGCCAGCUUCCUAGCCUUGCUGCUGUGUGUCCAAGUGGAGGGUAGGAGAUAGGUAAUUCAGUAGGGAUUUCUUGGGCUUGUGAAGAACCUGGGGCUUUGGUCAGUGAGGGAGGAGUGAUAGACAUAACCUAUAUGCUCAAACACAGAAUCUAGCCCACAGUAGACACACAGGCUACCCUCGGAGGGUCUGGCCAAAACCCUGUCUUUGUGAGUUGUGUUUUUGAUUAGGCUGAAGGUACAGAAUAUAAACUCAGUGUUGUAACCAUUUCAGCCCUCCAGUUCACUGCACUGAGCACAUCCACACAUUCAGAGUUGUGCAGCCAUCGCCUCUACCAUCGCCGGGGCUCUUUUGUCUUCUCAACUAAAACCCUAUGUCUGUUACACACUAGUUCCUCUUCUUCUUGGUCCAGACCAUGACAACCCCAACUCCAUGUCUCUCUUGUCUGAUUGUCCUAGGGACUUCAUAUAACAUGUGUCCUAUAACUAGCUUCUUGGUCUGUACGAUGUCUCCAGAGCCUGCCCAUGCUAAGUUAUGCAGUAGAAUGCCCUUUUAUAAAGCCAAUCCCGCAUGUAUUGGCCACAUUAUUUGUCCUCUCACAGAGCAGUGACACGGGGAUCUCUGCUAUCUUUUGAACGUGGGACCGGUGCUGCUAGGAAGGUGAGCACUCAGAUAUGCUGAUAUAUUUUAUUCCUGUGUGUGCGUGCGCGCGCAAGUUAACAUUUAAAGCCGAGACAUUCCCUAGGAAGUUUCUGGAGAACAUCUGGGUUCUCCAGAAAGCUGUGGGAUCUGAUCACUUUGCUCCUCCAACCCCUUGUCUUCUUGGCCACCAUGGGAGCUGUGUGAGGCUGCUCUGCUGUCUUCCAAUGGCAAAUAUCUGUCCGGGUGCCUUGAGAAUAGACUAUUCUCCUCAACCCACUCCAAAGGCCAGCUGGCCGCCACCUUGCCAUGAUUCAGUGAUGGUCUCUCAGCACUGCAUGUUGCAGUGGCGGUGAAGAUAUCAGAAAGGGUCAGAGCCUCAGCCUAUGUAUGCCCCAGGCAGGGAGUGAUGCCACCAUGCUCCCUGGGAUAGACUGGGCCCCACACUGCCUAUCCCCACCUCAGGACAAAGCUCUGAGCUAUUUGAGUCCCAAUUCUGUCUGUCUCAUGGAGGAACACUGGAGGGAGAGCCCUUUCUCUGGCAGCCUGGAGGAGCUAAGACUGAGGGUGAAGUGUGUUUGGAAGGUGCUGAUAACAACUCAGGCCAGCCCUGGAGGCUGAGUGUGCAUGGAGUGCAGAGGGACUCCUUCCCUGUGCUGUAAAGUGGAAAAGGAGGCUUGCACAACCUAGGACCAUUCCCAGGACUCACGAGGCCUGUGGGAAGUUAACUUGGCAUAUAGCAGGUACUCCCUAAUUGUUGCUUCCCAGUCAGUGGGGUCGCUUCUGAGGUCUCCCAAUCACUUUCCCAGAAAAAGCCAAGACAUCUAGGAAGCACCCUGGCUUUGGAUGUGCCUGCCUGAUUUGAAUUAGCCUGUAGUGGGCAUCCUCCGGGCCAUCUGCAUAGUCUUCCCAGUACCAGGAGGAUAGACUUAGAAGGUAUCUGUUUUAUAGUUCACAAUCAGCCAAGCCUGUGCUUGGCGUGGUGGCACUCAUCUUUAUCCUGGCAUUUGAGAGAUAUAGAGGCAGGUGGAUCUCUGUGAGCUUGAAGUGAGUCCCAGGCCAUCCAGGGCUAUACCGUGAGAUCCUCUCUCUAUAAUACAAUUCUCCAAAUACUUCUUCCACAAGGAGGGGGCACAGGUGGCCUUUAGUUCCUGUUGGCUCACUCUGGAACUCGCAGGCACUUGACGCCGUGACGUAAUGCUUUCCAGAUCUUAUUUAUCUAUUUAACUAAUGGCAUUGACUAAGAGUCAGGCUAGCCCCUGCAGCAGGAACCCACUGUGGCCAGCCGUCGGUGGCUCUGCUACAUGCUCCAUUUGAAUAGUGCUUCUCCAUGACUUUGCCUUCAAGGGGCAUCCACGGCUGGAUGGGGGGGGCUUCUUGUCUUCCUGGGCCAAGUUCUAGGUGGUCUGCUUGUCCUGGGGUCCCACUGGUCUCUCCUCCCACUCAACACUGAUGCUGUUGCUUCCUCUUUUCCAAAGCCUGGAUGGAGACAUAUGAAACAUCCUCUAACUCGAGGCACCCCUGGACCACACAUGGGGGAUCCUUUGAGGUCAGACAUGGACCCAGCAGAGCCCAGCCUCUUCCCCUUUGGUCUUUGGAUGAGAUAGGGCACAGAUGGAAAAGGCUCUUGACAACUUACAUUCUGUGGGAAAAGACCAGAUUGGUGCUGUUUGACUUUCAUGUGCUAGCUAGAAGACAGAGACCACCUGGCAUAGGAGGGGUGGAAAGGAUUUAAAGCCAGAGCCACAAGGCUUCAGCGAGCAGUCUGAAGCUCUGACACUGAAGACACCCCACUAGCCCAUUUUCUCACCUGGCAGUCUGGACCCUAACACAGCCAUCCACACCAGCAUCUGCCGGGGGCACCAGUGAACAGGCUGGGUAUGGAAGCGCUUUGCAGACCUGAGCACAGGAAAGGCGCUUUGUUCAGGCUGAUACUUUGGUGUGCGUGUAUUGCGUACCUACUGUGUGCCCUGUGACCGAUGUGAUCUGUCUGCCUCGAGAUGAUUUGGAAAAUGUCCCUGGACUGAGAAGGAUUGCCUGUCAGAUGGCUGUACUACACAUUCAUAGAUCAUGACUAACAACAGCCAGGGAGUUGGCAUGGCAACGUUUUCCCCUGAACUGCAAGGCAGUAUGCUUAAAAUAGGUAUGCUGGAGGUGUGGCAGCCACCGCCGAGACAGAUAGCUCUGCAGCCUGAACUGGGUGGUAAGCUCAGGGUGGCCAUGUCCUUGUCCUUCCCCAGCAGGUCAGCAGUGCAGGGACUGAGAUGCCCGACCCAGGAGCAUCCACUGUGGAUUCUGGAGAAAGCCUGGGAUUCACUGUGUAAACCUGUUUCCUUCGUGAAGCCCAGAAAACUUAAAGUGGGACAUCCUUAGCCAAGGGGCCCCAGAUGGGACUGAGCCCGGUUCUGAUCUCUUGUGGACUACUGCCCAGCAGUGCCAUAGUGCAGCUGCUUCCAAGUGAGGAUGCGGCUCAUUUUCUUGUGGGUUUCAAUGUGAAUGGCAUCAUUUAACACCGAGGCUGAGUUCGAGUUCUCCUUUUCUGUGGAAUUCAUGUGUGGGAUCCUCCUUGGGAAGUCCGGAGUCCUGGAAUAGCUUGGAACUCUUACAUUGUGGCUGGACUUGUGCAAGCGGGGUUUGACUUGGCCUCUCCCUACUUCUCCAACGUUCAGACCAGCAGAACUGACCAGAAGCUCAUGAACAUGGGGUCGAAGAUGCAGCUCGGCUGGUAGAGAGUUUGGCUGGCGCGUGUGAGGCCCGUCCGGCACUGUAUACCCUGUAAUAUGAACUACUGUGAUCCAGAGUUCCGGGGAUGGAGCAGGAGGAUCAGGAGAUCAACUUACCUUCAGCUGCAUAGCAAGUUUGAAGCUUCCCUGAGAUCUUCAGAUACUCAAGAACAAAACACAACAAACCAUGAAUUGAGCAGGGUGUGUUGUUACAUGUCUGUUACCCUCGCAUCUAGCACUGGGGAGGAUCCAGAGUUCAGGGCUAGCCUGGGCUGUGUGAAAUUGUCUGAUAAUGUUCCCGAACCAUCUGUGGUGAGAUUCAUCUGUGAGUCUGGUUCAUCACCACUGCAGAGGAUGGGAACCCAGGUCUCACACAAGAGUGCCCUGCACUCCCUUUGCUCCGCAGGUGAUUGAACGAGGUUAAUAAUUUCAGGGACUGUUUCUCCUAUAAGCUCUGAGCUGCCUGAAAGAGACUCAUGGCUUGUGCUUGUUUCCAAGUGGAGGGGCUAGAAGGUGAGACUUUCCUUCUUCCCUCCCUUCCUUCUUGAACCUAUCCUUCCUUCCUCUUUCCCUUUGUUUCAUUUAUUUUUCAGGGUGGGGUGAGGUUGAGACACUCUCAUUGCUUUAUAUAGCCCAGGCUGGUUUUGUACCCCCUGAUUCCCUGCUUCUGCCUCCCAAGUACUGGGAUUGCUGACAUAUGCCACCCCCGACUUGGAAAGUAAAUCUUUUCGAGGCCUCAGCUUGUCAGAACAGGGCGCUAGACGGUUUUGACAUCUUUCUGAUGAUCCGUGUGUUCUCCUUGCUGAGACAGUGGGUGCUCGGCUCACCUGCAGAGGUUGUCCUGGUUGGGACCCAAGCAAGGAUGCUUUGGGGAAGCUCUGAGAGAGGCAGCUGGGGAGAUAACGAUCCACUUUCAGACAGUGAACCAAUGUCGCCCCCCCUCACCCCCAUUCCUUGCCCCAGAUGACACUAUGGGCUUCUCCUGUGCUCCGUUGUAUUUAUUUUUUACUGUCCUCUGGGAAAGAAGUGUGCAGGUAGGAAGUUCCCAUCUUUGAAAUAUUUCUAACCACAAGGCAGCUUGGUGACUUGACUGUUGAGGCUCUUGUGAGCCUCGGUAUGUCUUGUGGAGCCAGAACACACAGUGAGAGAUGACCUUCAGUUCCCUGGGACAAGUCCUGAUGAUGGGAUCUUGGUGGCCAAUCACUGCAGAACUACCUGAAAAUCUAGGGAAUGUAAGGUACCUCUGGCAUCUUCCUUGCAUCCUGAAGUCUUCUGGGCCAGAAACGCCAUGAGAGACAAAUCUACCAACUGCUAAAUAAACGGCAGCGAAUUCCAUUCCUGCAUUGGUGCCCCUGGCCAAGUGUAUCCUACUCAGCUGGGGCAUAAAUAAUACUUUGAGAUUUUCUGGUGCCUUAUAGAAUCAGAAGGGAAAACCCCAGAGUCUUGCUGGCACCUUUAGCUCCCUUCUCCCUGUAAUGACAAGUUCUAGAAAAGGUUCAUGUCUUGGAAACAAAGUCAUUUGGACUAAGUAAGUGCACCAUGAGAUUGAAGGGCAGUGUUUUCUUCAUUUCAUCUGAUCUUCAGUUAUGCUCUGAUUUCAUAAGUCCUAGCUGCCCUACAAUCUGACUCUGGCAUCGUGAGAAGACUGAACCAAGACACAAGAGUAAGGCUUUCUUCAAAAGCAUGGUUUUUGGGUGGCUGUUUCCAUGACCAAGGGUGACCUGAUGGAAUAUUUAAUGAUAAGCAAAAGAGAAGCAAAGAAUGGAUGAGAUUCAUUGUCAAACAUGGCUGAAAACUUGAUUUCAAUUCUCUAUCAUUUUCUUUCCAACUGAAGUAAUACAGUGUGUGUAAAUACGACCUUGGACUAGUGGUGGAGGAAGUGGAAGCUGGGUCAAGGAUAAUUCUCACUUAGAGCCUUCACUGGGCCAAGUACAAGGCCAGCAGGGGUGGGAGGGUUAGUGAGAAGCCAGAUCCACACCCUGAGCUCGAACUCUGGCCGGGCCACCAACCUGCUGUGGAAGUUCAGACUGACUCUCCCAGCCUCUCCAGGGCAACAGGGGAGGUGGGUGUGAGGGUUAGUCUGUGUUUCUGAAAACACUCAAAGAAUGUUGAUGGACACCAGGGACUCCUGUCAUUACCCUGAAAGCAAUCUGUAGGCAGACACCCCUGAGCAAGUCAGAGCACACACAGGCUACCCCUUUGAGCUGGGGACUAAAGCUUAGGUGUUUCCCAACCAGCCUUUCAUGGCCAGUGAGGGAAGGGAAGAGGAAUCACUGGCUGGGUUGCUGAAGAGAGUCCCUGGCCUUCUCAGCCUUUGGGGGUGAGAACUAGGAAGGAGCAGACAUCACAGGACAGAUGUAAAACACAAUAGCUUUUGAGAGAUUGUACACAUUCCAGCCAGGUGGAGGGUUUACAAUAAACUUACAAGCCACUGCUAAAAUCUAAAAGGACUUUUCCACAACUGUGUUAGCAAACCCAGGGUCAAAAUUUUGGCAGGCCCACCAUGUCCCUCUCCCGGUGAACCACUCUGGUUCACAGAGCCAUGGUCCAGUGACAUGUAGAACCCUUUCCUGUUGGGUGCUAUCCAGCAGGACCCCAAGGGAUUGGCAGUGGCUGUCCCAUGCCUGUACUGUGGCGAACAGAGUGAUGGGUAUUUGUUGGCCCCUCCCAUCACCACUCAGACCUGUGUAACUCAGGCUCAGUUGCCCCAUCAGGAUUUCUGAUGGUAAUUCCGUCUUGUGUAAAUUAGAGCAGAUGUUCUCUUGUUAUGCAGAAGUAUUUUUCUAUGUU